AUGUCGUCAUUACUACACACAGAGUCCGUUGAGGACAGGCUACUCUCAGCAACAGCCGCCGUGCUGAGUUUGCCGCGGAACAGCAUUGAGCUGUUCGACUCGUUCGCUGACCUCGGUGGAGAUCGACCUGCCGCCAUCGAGCUAAGGAAAAGGUGCAUGAGCCUCGGACUCGGAGUCAGGACGAGCGACAUUCUUCGCUGUCACACCUUGGCGGAGCUUCAGACCUGCAUCACCCCCUUCGGCCAGACCGUGCCUGUGCCUGCGUCCAAGGAGUCCGACGAAGACAGCGCUUCUCCCUCCGAUGUCUUCAGCUCAAGUCCCAGACGAAGCAGCGGGGGUUACUCAACAUCAUCGUGCGAAUCCACCCACAGCGCCGAAGUAGCACCCUUGAGGGCACCACAGGUCGCCAUCGAACGCUUCAUCGAGUCCACGCCCCAGGUCACGAGCGCGGCUGUUAUCAGGCCAAAGGCCGGCUACUUGGAGGGAAAGCUCGUGGCAUUCGUCACUCUGGCAUCCGGUCGGGUCUCCCAAUCCAGCCUCUCAAGUAUCCGCCUCAUUCCUCAGUCGCAAAUGCAUUUUGCUGGAAGCCAGGUCGCAGCAGUCCGCCUGGCUCUAGAAACCUCAGAAGGGGCUCACUCAGUACCAAACUCAUGGAUCGUGCUCGACCAGAUGCCUUCCGACGGUGAGGGCUCCGUCGACAGGAGGCGGCUCCAGACAUGGAUUCAGAACAUCAACGAAGACAUGUACCACCAGAUUUCCAGCCUUGAAUCUCAUGAGCUCUUUCAGGAGCCUUUGAGUGAGAUGGAGCGCAUCCUGCAGAAGACCGUGGCCGACGUUCUCAGGAUACCACAGAAGCAGGUGGGCAUGAACUUCUCGUUCAGUCAGCUCGGCGGCGAUGACAUCUCCGCCAUGAUGUUGGUCGCUGAGUGCCGGACGGCAUCCAUCGUAGUGAGACCAGAGGAUGUUCACCAAUGUCCAACGCUCGGCCAACUAGCGGCACUCGCAAUCCGGAAAACUCAGCACAAGACCGCGUGGAAUGAGGAGUCACUCGAAGGAUUCAAGUUGUCACCAAUGCAGCAACUCUACUUUGACACUGGCAUCGGCGGCCGUCUGGAACAACGACUUGCCCCGAAUGGUGGCUACCGCUUCAAUCAGAGCAUCUUGCUGCGCGUCAAGAACAACUCAACUCUCGAGGACGUCCACGCCGCCAUCGCAACAGUAGUCGGUCACCACUCCAUGUUGCGCGCCCGGUUUCGAUCCACUGCCGACGGCUGGAUGCAGCGAAUAGUACCAACGGUGGAAGAUUCGUAUGGGUUUCGCUAUCACUCAGUCAGCACCACGGUGGAAGUUCUCGGCAUCAUUGCGAAAACACAGUCCAGCAUUAACAUUGAGACUGGCCCCGUCUUCGCAGUCGAACACUUCCGCACACAUGACGGCCAGCAACUUGUUUACCUACUCGCUCACCAUCUCGUCGUGGACAUGAUGUCAUGGCGCAUUAUCAUCCACGACCUCGAUGAGCUUCUGCGCGAGGGCACUUUGUUCUCUGAGCGCUCAAUGCCAUUCCAAAGAUGGAACGAGCUCCAGGAGGAGUACAUCUGCAACAACGCAGAUCAGUUGGCGCUUCCCUACCAGCUACCGAGCGGCCAGUACAACUACUGGGGCCUCGAAGACUCACUCAACACUUACAACGACAUCGCGACGGCAAGCUUCACUCUCACUGCGGAGUUGACCGCUAUUCUCCACACAGCAUGCAACCAGGUCUUCAGAACCGACAUGUCAGACAUCUACAUGGCCGCAUUAAUGCUCUCAUUCAGCCAAACAUUCCACGACCGCCGGGCGCCGGUGGUUUGGAACCAGGAGCACGGACGAGAGCCCUGGAGCCAGGACAUCGACAUCACCGAGACGGUCGGCUGGUUUACGUCCCUCUGCCCGGUUUCGCUUCAAGUCGAUAUGGCCGACGACUUUCUCCAAGUUCUGCGCAAGAUGAAGGACACGAGGCGAUCCAUCUUUCGCCGUGGCUGGAACUAUUUCGCCUCAAGGUACUUUGGUCCUGAAGCGGCUUCGCGCAACGCGGAAGGUUGGCCAUUCGAGGUCAUGUUCACCUACGCUGGCUCUGUCCAACAAUUGGAACGAGAGAAGGGCGUUUUGGAGCAGCUCACCAUCCCCGGUAGACUGCUUUCAACCGAUGCUUCAGACAUCGGCCCGGACGUCAGCAGAAUUGCUCUUUUCGAGGUCUCAGCCAUGGUUGACCAGGGCGCUGCAUCAGUCCAGAUCAUCUACAACAAGAACUGCAAGCACCAGGAUAAGAUUACCGAAUGGAUCCAAACCUAUGAACAUCUCCUCUACGAGGCCAUUGGCCGGCUUCGCUACCGCGGGCAGGAGCUUACUUUGUCUGAUGUGCCGAUGCUGGACACGACCUACGAGGGUUUGGCAAAGCUGAACACCGACCGCCUGGUUGCUCUCGGCCUGACCAGCGCCAAGGAUAUCGAGGACGUCUUCCCGGUCACCGCCCUCCAGCAGGAAAUACUCAUCAGCCAAACACAGAACCUAGAAACCUGCCACAACCAUGCCAUCUACGAGCUCUCCGCCCCCAACGGUCUCGUCGCAGAUCAGGCUCAGAUCUGCUCGGUCUGGCAGCAGAUCGUUGCCAAGUACCCGGCACUUCGGACGGUUUUCAUCGACAGCAUCUCCGACAACGGGCUCUUCGACCAGGUCGUGCUGAGGAAAUGUUCGCCCGAAAUGCUCUUCGUCGAUGCUGAGGCGGGCACAGACCCGGUGGCCAUUCUUAAUGCGUUGCCGCCGAUGAGUGCAACACCUUACAACCCGCGCCACAGGGUGUCGGCUUUGAGCCUCCAAAACAUCAUGUGGGACCUGAAGAGGAUGUAUAAUUCCAGCAAGCUACCCAUGAAAGUUCUGGACCCGUCGCAUGUUGCGUGCUUGCAGUACAUCUCGUCAGCGCGCCAGGAAAAUAGCCUCAACUUCUGGCUGGGCCGUCUUCAGGAGACUCAACCAUGCUUGUUCCCGCGAUUGAUGACCGUCACCGAGGGCAUCAUGCAACACACCAACUUCUUCAUCGACCUGCCGAUGGUGCAGAUUGAUGAGUUCUGCCGCACCCAGGGAAUCAGUCGGGCAACUGUCGUCCGGCUGGCAUGGGCGCUUGUUCUGCGUGCCUUCACGGGGUCAAGCCGGGUUUGCUUCGGUUACCGCUCAGCUGGUCGCGACGCUGAUGGUGCUUCUGAGGGGUUGAGCAUGGCGGUGGGUGCAUUCGAGAACACUACCACCUGUGCGAUAGGAUUGGAGAACUACAAGACCGUUGUGGAGGUUCUUCGAACUGUUGAGGAAGACGCUGCUGCUUUCCGUCCACACCAGAAUGUCUGCAUAUCAGAGAUUCAACAUGCUCUGGGUCUCAAGGGAGACAAGCUCUUCAACACUUGCCUGUCCUACCAGGAGGAGCCUCAUGAGCUGAAGAGCAGAUUCAGCUCGACCAGGCCGCCGAUGGGACUUGCUUGUGUCCAGGCAUUCAACACCCCCGACUACGAUGUCACCUUCUCGUUGACGCUUGUCAACGGACAGCUGAUCACUGGUGUCUCUCAUAGAGUCAUGACUGCUUCUCAAGCUCAGAACUUGACUAACACCUUCGGGCGUGCUGUGCUAUCGAUCCUAAGCAGCGCUAACGGCUCCAUCAACAGUAUUGAUCUCUUCACUGACAGAGAUUACGCCCAGCUGUUGAUCAGUGAUUGGGAGACGGACAAGGCUAACGAGGCAUCUCACGGUUGUGUGCACGCGCUCAUCUCACAGCAAGCAAGGCUUCGGCCAGAUGCUCAGGCUAUUUGCGCCUGGGAUGGCCACCUCUCGUACAGGCAGACGGGCCGUCUUGUUUCUCGACUUGCCACUUAUCUCGUGCAGUGGGGUGUGCGGCCUGGUGUACCCGUACCAGUCAUCCUGGACAAGAACAAGUGGGCAGUCAUCAGCAUCCUGGCCGUUUUGAAGGCCGGUGGCUGCUUUGUGCCUAUCGAUGCCGAAGACCGAAACAACGUCGAGACCUUCAUCCGCCAGCUCUCGCCCAAGAUCCUCAUCGCAACCGACAUGAACUGGAAGUACCUCGAGUCAAUCAUCGAGGGCGUCAUCGUCGUUGACGACUCUCUCUUCAACGUCACUUUCCCUCUUGAGUCGCCUCUUCCCAUGGCCGCGCCGAACGAUGCCGCAUGCAUCCUCCUCUCUCCUGGCUCAUCGCGCGGCAGAGAGGCAAAGGGAAUCAUCUUCCACCACGCUGCUCUUUCUGCAGCUUUCGUCACACAAGGCCGAGCACUCAAUCUCAAUGCCGACAGCCGCGUUAUGCAGCUGUCUUCAUUCAACGUCGACACGGCGCUCAUUGAGCUGCUUUCAACACUCGUACAUGGCGGUUGUGUAUGCGUACCUUCCAGCGUCGAGAAGACCAGCGAUAUCGUCGGCGCCGCUCGCAGAAUGGACGUCAACUGGACUUACCUGACGCCAGUCCUGGCAAGGAAGAUGACUCCGGCAGCCAUUCCCAGCUUGAGGACCGUCUGCUUCAGGACUCGACGCCUCGACGAGGAUACCUGCGCUCCAUGGAUUGAAAAGACAAAGGUCCUUCUGGCAUACGGUGCUCCAGACAUCUGCCCUCUCGGCAUCUCGGUUCUCGAGGUCACGAGGCCGCAGGAUCUGACCCGGGUCGCGCGACCUUUCCUCGGCAGGUUCUGGAUUGUCAAUCCCGAAGACCACCGCAGACUCAUGCCAAUUGGUGCCAUUGGAGAGCUCAUCAUCGAGAGCCCGACCCUUGCGCAUCGCUUCGUUCCAGGACAGCCUCUGGCACAUCUCCCGCAGGACUCAGAUGUGUCACUUGAGGAUGGGAAGCCAAAGACGCGGUACUUCAAGACAGGCCACCGUGUUCGCUACAUGGACGAUGGCAUGCUCGACUUCGUCUCAAGCGGCCGUGAUGAUGUUGAGAUCAAGGGUCAGAUCAUCCCUGUCGCCCAAGUUGAACAGCAGCUCCGUCGCUGCCUUGGCCAAGGGAUGGAUCUCGCCGUGGACUCGAUCAUCACUCGUGAUGCCCAGCCUGCACUGGCAGCAUUCAUUGAGCUGGGCGAGAAGCUCUUUGAGGGGUCGGAGGACCUUACCAGAAUUACGAUUACGACCCGCGAGCGCACUUACAUCGCCAAGAAGCUCAUUGAGUCCUCGGUGGGCAGCGGUCUCCCCGCACACAUGAUGCCAACCAUCUUUGUCCCUGUCAGACAUCUUCCGGUCACCCCAUCACUAAAGGUCAACCGCCGCAAACUCCAGAAGAUGGUCAGCUGGCUAUCUCAAGAACAACUAUUGGAGUUGUCAACCGUCCCGUCGCCCGAUGAUGUGCAGACGGUGGGCAUCAAGCCUCUUCCGCUCACGCAAGUGGAAGAGCGCAUGAGGUUGAUCUGGUCUACUCUCCUAGGCGUCGAUGCAGCCUGCAUCCGCGGUAACCAGAGUUUCCUCUCUCUCGGUGGCGAAACCUUCCUUGCUGCCCAGCUCGUGGUCGACUGCCGCAAGCAGGGUCUCAUCAUCGCACUUCCUGACAUCCUUCGCGGCGCAACCCUCACCGAGCUUUGCCAGGGUAUCACCAUAAGUGCGGAAUUCACUGUCGACAUUGCCGAGCUGCCAUCCAACGCCUCCUCUUCCAUAGGCUCGAGCUCCGAGAUGCAAUUUGAGGAGCAGUUCAUCCAGGACAUCAUCGCGCCGAAGAUGGGCAUAUCUCGAGAGGAAAUCACCGACGUCGCGGAGGCAUCCGCCACCCAACUCAAGUUCCUCGAGACCGGUCUUCUCAAGGGAAGCUCUAGUCUCACCUACUUCACCUUCAGCUUCACUGGACCUGUUCAUCCCAAGAAGCUCGAGGCUGUUUGUAUUUGCCUUGCUAAGAUUCAUCCCAUCCUGAGGACGGCGUUCGUUACGCAUGAGAGACGGGUUUACCAAGUGGCCCUCAAGUCAUUCAACCCCGAGUUUAGAAGAAUCGAGGUCCCGACAUGGAGAGUUGCCAACAUGACUGAGAAGUUGAUCAAGAGGGACCAGGCGGCGCCCUUCGCGCUUGAAACGCCAAUGACCAAGUUCCUCUUCGUCGAUGCUGGCAAGCAGUCCAACCUGGUUCUGCGGCUUUCUGGGGCCCAGUAUGACGAUGCGUCCAUUUCUCUAUUGCUUCAACAUUUGAAGAGCAUCUAUAUCGCCCCUUCCUGCCCGCCACGCAGGGCGACAUACUUUGACUUCGUUCGUUCCGCACAGCUUUCUCAUGUCGCUGGCGCCCUGGAGCAUUGGACCUCCCUUCUGGACGGUGCCAAAAUGACCCAAGUCGUCGCCCACGCUAAGCCGCCUGCUCUGAGCUCCAACAUCAAGACCCUUUCCCAGAACGUCUCCGUCAUGUCCCUUGCUAAUCUCGGCAUCUCGUUCGACACGGUGGUCAAGUCUGCAUGGGCAAUGGUCCUUGCCAACCUCUCUGGCUCUGGCGAUGUUCUCUUCGGCGAAGUCAUUGAGGGCAGACAUCUCCGCCUCGCUGACGGCUCCGACAUCUCCGGCACCUUGGGUCCGGUCUCUAACGCAAUCCCCGUCCGCGUCCGCUUCGCCGAGACACUCAGCAGCCCACUUGAGCUCUUGAAGUACGUUCAUGGCCAGCGCGUCAUGAGCAUCCCUUUCGAGAACAUGGGUUGGCUCGAGGUAGUGGAGAAGUGCACCAAGCUUCCCUACUGGACGCGCUUCAGCACCGUCGUCGAGCACCGUCACCAGGAUGCCGCCAAGGAGGCCGCGAUCUUCAACCUAGGCACAGUCAAGUGCAAGUUUAACAUCGUGGAACCCAUCAGCCGCGACAUGUACGACUUGCAUGUCAUCUCCACCCAGGACAACCCCAGCUGCGGACACAUCUCAAUUACGUUCUGCGAGAACCGCAUUCCAAGCUUGUUCGCCAACGAGACUCUCAAGGCUCUCUGCUCCACCAUCGAGCUUCUGACCUCUGUGUCGAUGCUCCAUCCCCUCAUCCCCUCGACCGCCGACUACUGUGCCGCCACGUCACAGAUCCCUCUCCCUCAGAUCGACAUGGAGCCAAAGACAACCAACGUCGGUGCAAGCAUGUCCGACGACCACCGUGCCUCAAUUCAGAAGAAAAUCUCCAAAGUCUGGACCGAGAUCCUUGACCCGCGGUCCCUUGGCGUUCCAGAGAGCCAGCUCCCCAAUGCAGCCUUUUACGAUCUCUGGGGAAGCAUGAUUCCCGCUGCGCAGCUAUCCCAGGCCCUCACGCAAGAGCUUCCCAAGCUGGGCAUACCGGGUUCACACAACUUGCACAUCUCCAUGGAGGAGAUCAUGGCGCACCCCACCAUGGCAGAACAGUUCGAGCUUGUUGCGCGAAAACUGCGUGACGCCAAGCGGCGAACCAUCUCCGAGGUCUUCUCACCUAAAGCCCAUCCAGCAUGGGGCCGCAGCCUGCGUCGGCUGACCACCACCAUUACUCCCAACAAGACAGUGGAGCGAGGACUGAGCAGCACCUCCGCUAGCUCAUCCAGCUCUGUUGACGUCUAUCGCAGCUCGACCGCUGCGCAGCAACCCUUCAUGAACUCCAUCGCCGAAAUGACGAGCGGCACGCAGCCCAACAUCGGCGCAGCAAUUACCACUGCUUCGCCGGUAGAGUUGGAGACGGAUGUAGCGGAGACGCAAGCUCCCACUCAGACCCUGGCACGUCGCCCGCGGCUGAGUCUUGCCGUCCAGCAUGAUGGAAGCAGUAUGGAAAGCAUGACCACAGGAAGCAGUCGCACUACUGAUGAUGAAGCUGACGCCGAGGCGGAGAAUGAGAAUGUUGUCAGCCCGAUGAGCGCGAGCACGUUGACCACGCCGGCCGUGAGCACACCAGCUGAGGGGAACAAGAUUCGAAGGAAGGCCGGCAGUGUGUUCAGUCGAAUGAGUAGGAUCGGGCUUGUCAGCCCUGUGAGUGCUGGGUCUAAAGCGAGUUGA